AUGAGUGCUUAUCAAAAUACAAUCAACCUGAACGUAGACUCUGAUGUUGAAGAAUACGAGCACUUUCUCAACAAUCCAGAUUACACUGGCCGUAAACAUGAGCCAACUUUGAUUCUUGAGGCCGUUUCUUCUCAAGACCUCCGGCUGUGGCAUUCGUACUUUGGGCUCCAUGGCAGCCUUAAUGAUAUUAACGUUCUUGAUCAAUCUGACGUCUUUCAAGAAAUCACUGAAGGGACAGCUUCUGUUGUGCAUUACAACAUUGGAGGUAAAACAUAUGACAUGGGGUACUAUCUCGCCGAUGGAAUUUACCCAAGCUAUGCAACAUUGAUAAAAACCAUAUCAAAUCCCGUACUAGCAAAGGAAAAGCUGUUUGCUCAAAAACAAGAGGCCACCAGAAAAGAUGUUGAGCGGGCUUUUGGAGCACUGCAGGCUAGAUUCAACAUUGUAAAGCUUCCUGCAAAGUCGUGGGGAAUUACAGACUUAAAUAUGAUAAUGAAAGCAUGUAUCAUAUUACAUAACAUGAUAGUAGAAGACGAACGUGGCAUAGAUGGCCUGGACAUGGUCUAUGAACAAAGCUUGGCAGAAAUGUCAUUAUCAGACAGAGCUAGUAGAAGAGCGACUAGUAAAGACGUUACCAGAGGAAGCUUUUCUGAAUUUGUCACAAGAUAUGGUGAAGUUACAAGCCGAAUCAACCAUGCCAAGUUAGUAAAAAGCCUUGUGAAUAACUUGUGGAGUAUGGCAGGAAAUAAUGAAUAA